CUUGCUCCAAAACACCUGAAUUCCCUCAUCAGCAGUCAUUUAGCUCUGCAGAGCACGGUGGGAGUGUUCUGUGAUUUAGAAACUUCAGCUGCACACACGGCAUCUUGUUCAAACGUCAGUUUAUCCAGUUCGCUGAUCCAUCAUGAAACUCUCUGCCAUCGUUCCACUGUGGGCUCUUCUCUCUCUGACCCAGCAGGCAGCUCCACUCGAAAAGUGUUCAUGUGACCUGAAUCUUGAAGAAAAGGCAUUCCCUCAUGACAAACUCCAAACAGUGGAAGGCAAUGCAACAGACUGCAAAACCCAUGUCACACCAGAGAAGGCUCUGGAGCUGGAAAGUCUGCUGAUGGGACUGGAGAAACGUCUCACCCAGCUGCACAAUGACGUGACCAUCCUGGAGAACGAGGAUGAUGGGGAGCUGUAUGGAGUUCUCAGUCUGUUUGUUAUUGAAAACGAAAUGGUUGAGAUUAGGCAGCUGAUGGACAAGCUCAACAGAACCACUCUGGAAUACCAAGUCCUCACUGCUGACACCAUUCAACAGCUGGAGGACUUGAAAACUGAAAUGACCAAACUGGAGAAGUUUGACACCAUGGAGGUGGUAAAGGGACGAAAAGUCAACAGGCAGCUGAAGAUUGCCCUGGAAAAAUGCAAGAGUGGUGUUAAUACCAAUGUCGCACCCACCCAGGAACUAUAUGGCACAUGUGAACGAGGUCCGCUCCGGAAAGUCACUGGGCCUGUUGUCAACACAAAAGGAGAGUUCUCUGGCGAUUAUCCAUAUGGGGCUUGGGGUCGUGACCCCAAACCAGAGGCGGGGAAGGACAGAUGGUACUGGGUGGUACCACUGACCUCCAGCCAGUACGCAAACUAUGUCCGUUUCUACUCCAGUCUUAAUGCUCUCGUCUUCGGGGUGAACAAUCCAGAGUCAAGAAUGCACAACUCUGGAGGAGGACCAGACGAUGAAGACGGAGAAUGGCUUGAGGAAGAAGACGGAGAGGAAUUGUUACAGUGGAGAGGUCCAGGUAACAUACAGAUUUCCCCUUCUAACCCAGCAACCAACACCAUUCAGGGUCCCAAUAACGUUCUGUAUGGAGGUGCUCUGUACUACAACUGUUACAACCAAGAUGCUGUUUGUCGAUUCAACCUCACCACCAAAACUGUGACCAACGUAAAACUACCCAAAGGAACCAGGUAUAACUCAAAGAGUAAUUUCUGCCACCUUGAGAACUGCUUCCUCUUCACCGACCUGGACAUGAUCACAGACGAGUCAGGCGUCUGGGUUGUCUACACCACCACACAGGCUUUAGGCAAUCUGGUUCUGUCCAAGGUAGAGGAGACUGAGCCACCGAGCCUCAGUAAAACAUGGACCACUUCAGUCUACAAGCGAAGUGUGUCCAACACAUUCAUGGCCUGUGGUGUCCUCUAUGCAACACGAUACAUUGACACAAACAUGGAGGAAGUGUUUUACUCUUUUGACACUACGACAGGGAUGGAGAAUUUCAAGGUUGGCAUCUUUAUAAACAAGGUGUCUCCUAACAUUUACUCUUUGAACUACAGCCCGGUGGACCAGAUGCUCUAUGUAUACAGUGAUGCUAAGAUGGUCUCCUACAAGGCUCUGUUUGGGUAGUCUCAUAUUUAUUCUUGAUAGGCAUGACAAUUAGAGUUGUCAAUUUUUAUCAUCAGUUCAUAUCAGGUAAUAUCAGUAUGGUUUCAAUUAAUGUUUAAACACCCUCCUUUUUCCAGUUU